GUUUAAGACAUUUUUGGAUCAGUAAACUCUUCAAAUGACUAGUUAUUUUGAAAUACAGAGGGAGAUUAUUGUGAAUCCUUCUCUGAUCAAAAAGAGUAGUAAUUUCCUCAAACACAUACUGUCCUCCCAGAACUUUGAGAACGGAAGCUCUCUUACAAAACACAAGGAAAAAGAUGAAGACAAUGCAAGCGAAACUACUAGCUUCAAGAACAGCAUCUGUACUGAAUUCCUAGAAAACGACACUGAGGAUAUUGAGAUUAAGAGCACCGCACCAUCUCAGGACCUUACCCAGACUGAUAAGCUUUCUGAUUCAGAAAAGCUGCUUAAGAUCUGUCAGAAAUUAGCGAAGAUUAAAAUCAUAAUGAUAAAAGCUAGGAAUAAUGUAUGGACUGUAGAUGGAUUUAACUGCUUGUUCCAACAUAUUUUUGACUACUGCUCUCUAGAAACCAUUGAAGACAAAAUGCUGAAGAAGAAAGCAGUCAUUCUAAUGUUUGAUACAGUUGAAUACACGUCGUACUUCUUCAAAGUCUCCUCAGUCGAUCUCUUAAGAUAUAGCAAUGAGAAGACCAAGAAAAUCCUAACUGAAAUCUUUAUUAUGCACAAUAAUGACGUGAAGAAGAUAUUUACGACCUAUUUUGGCGAGAAGAUCCUGUACGAAGAUAUCAUAGUUCCUUACCUUCCAUGGCUAUUCGGUCAGAAAGGAAUUACAGCGAAAUUGAGAGAUAUUCUGAUAGAAAAGAUUGAAGUAGAAGAUGAAGAUGCAACAUAUCCAGAUACACAAGCCUGAGAGUUAGAAAAGACUAUAGAAGAGAGUCCUACAGAAACCUGCUUGCUGAUCAAGAAGUACUUGCAUAUUUAUUAUGCCUCAGUUAUUUUAAACUCUCAAUGGGACAAUGAAGCAAAGACAGAGAUCCUUAAGAAAAUUUUAUCUAUCUUAGGAUACAAUUUUGAGAAAUUUGAUAUCUUAAAUACAAAAGUUUCAGGAGACAGCAAGCAUUUCUUAAUCAAGGUCCUUCAUACGAUAUUUAGAACUCUAGGAGUUGACGAUGAGCAUUACCUUGAGAACUUAUUGGCGAAGAAGAACAACAAAAUUGGUCAAAAAUAUCACUUCAAUAAAUAUGUUUCCAACAUGAUGGAACAAAAGGAAAUAGGCAAAGAAGACGAUAAGUACAUGAUAUUUAUGAAAAGCCUAGGGUACUUAAAUGAGAUGCUCUACAAUAACCAAGGAGAACAAAUGAGCCUAGAGAUCAGAAUGUGCCUAGUAGAGAUGAUCAAUGGUUUCUUCCCAGAAUUCUACAGUACUCUAGAAACAUUAGAAGAGAAGCAAAAUUUCUUACUCCAGAUUCAUAAAUUCUCAAAGAUUGCAUUGAAGAGUUCUUCCGAAGAUCAGAUAUUUCUGGAAGGAAUGAUGCAUAACUUCAUGUUUGGGCUGAAGUACACUCUUGAUCAUCAAUCUUUAGUCGAAAUUGUGCUGAGCACAAUAACAAACUCCUUUAGCCUAGAAAUUCUCCAGAACUAUGUCCAAAAGAUCCUCUGCUUUGUUGUCAUGAUAAUGAUGAGAUUCCCUGAGAGCACUAUUAUUAAGAGUAAGAUACGUGAAAUUCUUGAGAAAUAUCUAUCAGAAAAGAACCUAGAAAGAAUCAGCCAGUACAAGGAUUGCCAGUUUUUGCUCCUUGACUGCUUCAGGAAGGUGACACAUUUUGAACCAAUGCUCGAAAGACUCUCAGCAAGAUUGUAUAAUAAUGAGAACUCGACUAAAGAAUCUCUCAGUGCUUGUGCUAAUUCUUUGCAUUAUGAAUUCAAUAAUGAUCAUAAACUGCUGACGCUGAAGUAUCUGAACCAGUGAAUUGAGAACUCUCAAAGACCAAACAGGGCCUCUACCAAAGGAUUCUUUGGAAGAGUUACAGAGAGUAUUAAUGAAGCACUAGAAGAUCCAGAAGUAUUGAAGAUCAUCUAUGACAAUGUCAUCAAGCUAAAAUUGAAGAUUUCUAUCUUUCCUGAAGACUAUAACUUCUUGAGUAGAGCCUGCUCCAAGUUCAUUGCCUCAGUAGGAGUUGGAAAACCAUUCAUCACAGAAGGAGCUUCUGAUAAGAGUAGAGCGAAGCCAAGACCUACAGAGCAAGAAUUGAUCUGCAUAUUUAAGAAGAAAGAACUUAAUCUUGAAGAAUGGUCCAGCGAUGCUUGAGUGGUAGAUAUUGACGACAUCAAGAUUAGCAGAAGCAACUCAAUUAUGGUUGCUAAGAACCUUUACUUUAGACUAAAGGAGUUUCUGAUGAAUACUUCCAAUCCUCUGAAACCUUAUCUAUACAGCUGCUGGAGGAUCGAAUAUGCCAUUUUAGAUCAAUUAGGUGAGAACUCCAUCAAAAGAGAACGUGUAUCCGACUUACUAAAAUGAUUCAAGAUUACUAAAGAGAACAGAAAAGAUAUUUAUAGGCUCCUUUACAAAUUCACACACGAAGAGGUGGAGCCUCUUGAGGAAGGAGUAACAUAUCCAGAAGUUCCUUUUGGGAGAUUUUGAAUAUAUCUUACUGGGAAAAUAAGAUAUACCAAAUUUAAGGAAAUAUUUGAGGCAAUCUGAUGUCUCUUUAGAACAGAAGAUCUUAGGAUAAUCAAACUCCUGUUCCCUUUCAUCUUAUACUACUGUAUCAGGUUUUGUGAAUAUGACUCACCAGUUCUCGAUGAAAUAGGUGCUUACAUUAAUCAAGUUCUCUCAAAUGGUUCAGAAGCUCACCUAAACCUGAUUUUCCAUACCUUGGAUUACCUAUCUAUCUGUUUAUGCCAAGACAAAGACUCGUUCAAGCAUUUCAUAGAAAAAGAGACUAACUUCAGAUAUGUCGAGAAGAUCUUCACUCUGGACUUGAUAGCGUACAUUCACAAGAGUGAAGCGAAAGCUAACGUCCAUGUGCUGAUGGAAUCACUCAAGAAAUUCCCUGUUGCAGAGGCUACUUACAAAACCGUCAGAAAAAUCCAAAAGUUAUUGGGCUUUAUAUCUAUGGAGAAGAAGAAAGAAGCUGCUAAGAGAGUCAAGCAACUCAAAAGAUACGCUAUGUACUUUGAAGAGCACCUCCGAAGGUCCAUUGGUAGUAAUGAUAAGCAGGGUAAAAGGUCUUUGGGCACUUUCGAAAAAGAAAGCUUCUUCGAGGUCAAUGACGAGAAGGAUAUUAUCGAGAUAGUCCAUGUUUACCAAAAAUUGAUCCCUGAAGAUUUUGACUAUCCCUUCUUCAACUCUAUUGUCAAGCAUUAUUCAGGAAAGACUUUUGAUUUUAAUGAGUUGUAUUCACCCAAAAUGAAAAUCAAGAAGAAGAUCACGAACAAAGCUCUCCAAGUAUUUUCCCAAAUAAGUAAUACUGGCACUGUUGAGUAUGAAGAGGAAAAAGAUUGGAGCGACUCAGAUUAUUCAGAAGAAGAGUAUUCUAAGGAAUCUGAAGAAGAGAAUAGCAAAGGGAGCCAAAAGAAAGACUUAAACUUCAGCAAAUCGCAUUUAUGGAAGGAUAACUCUGAAGAAAACUGGAAAUACCUUGCUUCUUUAUAUGAUGUUAGUCUAGUUAAGAACUUCCAAUUAGAUUCCUUAUUGAUGGAUUUGACCAUGAAAGAAGGAAAGAAAUGAUUUGAAGAACUACUAACUUUGAUCUUAUCCCAGAUUUACAAGUUAUUCCAUGCUUUCCUAAGAUCACCAAGUUUGACAGGAAAAGACUUCAAAGAAAUGUCAGAGCCAGUGCUCUCUCUACUAUCUGUUUCAUACAAGAGCAUAAUGAAACCUCUCUCAGUUGCCGAAGGUGAGCUAGCGUACUCAUACAAGAUAUAUCUUCAUGUGAUCUACGAGAUAGAGGCAUUCAUUGACAUAAUACAAUCUAUUAUCAGUGAAAACUCCUCUGAUAUCAUGGAUGCCUUUGCAGCCAGUUGUAAGAGAAGUUGGGAACACAUAUUCAGCGAAAUUGACCUAGAAAGAUACAUUGAGAAGAUCAAUAGAUUCUUUGAUAAGAGAACUCAAGAUAUCACAGAGAGGAGUUUUGAUACCCUAGACCUGAUACUUUCAGUGAGGAAAGCUUUAUUUCAUCUGAUUGACAGACCUGCAGAUUAUUCUAUGUAUUGUUUGAAGCUUGCUAGACUCUACAGGAAAGCAAAAGGUGACCAUGUGGUUAUGUUCAAGCUAUUCAAGUCAGCAAGUAAGAAUAAAAACUUAUUAGCCGGAUUUGAAAUUGAGAAUGCAAAGUAUAUAAUGCAAGUAAAGAACGCUCAUGAGGCAUUGGUUUAUCUUGAAAAGGAGAUGCAAAAUAUUGCAAGCAAAGAAAUGAAUCUAAGAAACAAAAGAGGAAUAUAUCAAGUUCAAAUGUGGAGCAUGCCAGUUCUAAAAGCCAAAAUGUAUUGCUUGUACCUCAAAACUCAAAUAGAUAUCCAGGAUGAUCGCUUACCCAGUGAAUUUAAUGAUCUACUAAAGGAAGUUAAAGGCUUAAAAUGGGAAGAUGCACACUACCUUUUUGCUAAAUAUUUGGAUGAUAAAAUGACACUCAAGGAGGCCAAAAAUAAGCAGUUAAGCAAUCAAGAUGACAGAUACAGUCUAUUCAGGAUCUCAAAUUACAUUUACUCUCUUUGAUAUGGUCAAAGAAGGCUAUGGGAGAUUCUUCCACGAACUAUUGAUCUCUGGUUUGAACAGUGUGAGCAAGGUUCUCCGAAUAUCGAUAGGAUAAGCAAGAAAUUAUAUGAGCUUGAAAAUUUCAAAAUUGCACAAUGCCUACAAACUUUAUUGUCUAAAUUCAGCCAAAGAUCCUCUAGGACGUAUGUUGGAAACAUGAUAGCAAAACUAGGAGCUUUCUAUCCCUCCCAAAUGUGUUGGUGGAUCCUCCAUUUCAAGAACUUCUACUUUACAAGUAUUCCAGCAGGAAAGAAAAAGACCAAAAGUGCUGAAAUAAAAUGUGACGAAGAUGAUAGAAGAGAGUUUGCAGACCUCAUCAUGACUAAGAUUUAAGAAACUUAAUGAUUCAAGUUUCAGGAUCAUCAAAAGUUCAGAAGUGAUAUUCAAGAAGAUCAUCAAGCUCUCAGAGUCAAAUGAGAAAUGAAAUAAAGAACAGUUAUUCAAUUUAAGUACUUCCCUCUGAAGGGAAGAUUUCUCAUCGUAUAAAGUUGCGAUCCCUAUUGCAGAGAACAUGCUACCCAGAAUCCCAAAGUAUGGUGAAGUCAAGGAUAUCUCAAGCUUCUCUGCGUUUAAGAAAUAUCCUGUCUACAUCAAAAAGUUCUUCUCUGUUGGAAGAGUCAUGACCAGUAAGGAGAAACCAAAGAAAAUCGGCCUUGUAGGUACAGACGAUAGGGUGUACUUUUUCCUAGUGAAAAGUGAUCAGCACGGAGACCUCAGAAAAGAAGGAAGAUUUAUGGAGUAUGCUAACCUUGUCAAUAAAGUUCUUGACCAAGACUUUGAAAGUCUUCAAAGAAACCUCAGAAUGGACUUAUUCUCAAUAGUACCCUUGAACAGAAUUUGAGGUUUGAUUGAAUGGAUUGAUGAUACUCUUACCAUAAAGUCAGUAGUCACUGAUUACUGGAAAAAGGAAGGAAUAAAACUAGAUAUGCAAGAUGUCAAGAAAUUAGCAGCAGAAAAUAAAGGAAAUACUCAUGAGGAUAUCUGGGAUUCUCUUAAAACCAAAGCCUCUCCGAUGCUCAACAACUGGUUCUUUGAUAGAUUCCCAACUCCUUCUCUCAUGUUUGAUGCUAGGCUAAACUUCAUCAGGUCUACUGCAGUUUGGUCAAUGGUGGGAUAUAUCAUAGGUCUUGGAGACAGACAUGGAGACAACAUUCUUAUACACAAGGGCAAAGGAUCUUUAACUCAUGUAGAUUUCGACUGCAUCUUUGAGAAAGGAGCGAAGCUAAAAGUCCCAGAAAAGGUGCCAUUCAGAUUAACAAAGAACAUAAUUGACGCCUUUGGUAUCUUCAAAGAGCAAGGUACUUAUAUCAAGUGAUGAGAGGUUGUCUUGGAAGUCAUGAGAGAAAAUAAAACGAAAUUUGGAGCAUUCCUUGACUCUUUCAUACACGAUCCACUUAUCGAAAGUAAGAAUAGCGUUUGAGUAAACAUGAAGGAAGCUCUCAAACAAGUGAAACUCCGACUAGAUGGUUACAUGGAUGAGAAUUCAGGAGUACUCAAACCCCACGAACAAGUCUUACGGGUAAUUCUUCGAGCACUGAAUGAUGAAUACCAAAAGAAAAUGUUCAUAGGAUGGAUGCCUUGGCUGUAAAGAAAAAGUAAUUGUAAAAUAUUU